CCAUAAACCUCACCACGUUUUGCUGCCGCAGCUGUUGUGGCGCACACAGUGAGCUUCUCCUGGGGAGAUUAUGUGGAGUCCGGUAACGACUUUUUGACGCUGACCAGCGAUCAAUUCUUUGCGGCAAAAAUAACAACAACCGGAAUGUUGUCACUCUCUCUGUCAGCAAGGUCGGUUUCCACAGAGCACUGAAGACGCCGCUCGUUUACCAUGAGCUGUUUGGAUGUUAUGUACCCAGCCUAUGGAUAUUACGCACCGUACGCUACGACUGUUCCUGCUUUAAUCAACAGUUUACAGGCUCCCACAGGUCUGAGCAGCACUUCUUUCUGCCGCGAUUUUAUGGACACUCCUAGGGGUCCCGAGGGGAUGUCUAGGGGCCCAGGCGCAGGAGGAUCCUCUUCAUCUUCAUCCAACUCUUCCUCUUCCACCUACACGCCUGCGGCUUUAAGGCCAGAGGAGGGCCCCAAGGAGAAGCAGGAGGCCCCUGAGGCAGAGUACCUGACUUCUCGCUGUGUCCUCUUCAGCUACUACCAUGGAGACAUCAGCAGCGUGGUGGACGAGCACUUCUCCAGAGCCCUCAGUGCCUACAUGGACGGGGAGGGCAAACGGCGGGCACCGGACCAACAGGGCACAGAUGCCCCUUCACCGAGCAGUCGACGAAGCUUCCCCCCGUCCUUCUGGGACAGUAACUACUCCUCGCCGCAGAGCCGUUCCCACUGCGAGACGGGCGUGCCUUCAUAUUCCAUGGACCCAUACGCGUCGGCCUUGCACCCGGGCCUGCCACACCCACACGCUCAUCCUCACUCCCACCCUCACCCGGCAGAGAGCUGGGGAUACCCCCAGGCCUCCGCCUACGGCCAUCCGCGGCCUCUCCACGAACUGUAUUCGCCGUCGGCUCCGGAGCCCCAUUACGGGCCCCUGCUCAUGCCCACGGUGAGGCCUCCCCAUCCCUUAACCCUGCCGAGCCACUAUGACGUGAGCAAGCUGGAGCCCACUGCCUCCUGGCCCGGCUUGCUUCCACCGGGAGACGUCGGCCAGACGCUGGCUCUCAACAUGGAUGCAGGCCUCCAGCAGCACAAGAAGGGCAAGGAGCUGUACUGGUUCUAACGAGCCCUUCAGUCACAUUGACCAGCUAUUACCAGAUCCAAUUAGUCCCUGGACCAGCUCUGCUAUUGAAGCAGCGUGUCCCUUUAUCCCCUCACACGCUCCAUCCCCAUCCAGCCACCCCCUUCUCUCUGCUCCUGGCCUCCCCUGCCAGUAAACAGCCUUGCUCCAGGUCGACGUGUGUGCACCAUGGAGAUAAAGCCGGGAGAGGGAUGGAGAGACAGAGGGAGAGAGAGAGAGAGAGAGAGAGAGGGUCGCCGUCUAUAAUCUGUGUGGGUUGCUCUCUCUCUCUCUCUCCCACUCUCUUUCCCGAUGUUGCCGGUGCAGCACAGACCUUGGCAAGGUGGGAGCCACAGUGACCUGUUUGGACUGAGAAAGACGGGAUGACAACAGACCUCAGCAGAGGACAGAGAGAUAGAGGGAUGGAUGGAGGGACGGGGGGAUGGGUACGGGCGAGCAGGGAUUCCCUCCAAUGUCCCUGGUUAUCUUUGUCUCGUGCUCUUUGUUGGUACAGUGGUUGUCAUCAUCCACUUAUCUGCAUUUCACAAAUGCAGCACGCGGCGAUAAACAGGAGCAGCAAUUAUGACGCUUUAUGCUUUGUGACCAAAAAAGGUGUCAUCAUGACGCUUUUUUUUGGUUAUUAUUAUUUAAUUUUGCCCUCUGAAAUAACGUGUUUCUAUUUAUUGGUGUUUAUGUGCAUUUCUCAAAUGUUUGGUUAGGCCAGUGAUUAUUAUUGUGAUUCAGUUGAUUGUGUUUCCUAGAGAGGGAGGUGAUGACUAUACCAUGUUUUUUUGGUGUAUUUUCUCAUCUAUCUAUGAAGCAAUCGGUUGGGGAGAAUAAUACAUUUUUUUAAACAUAAUAAAUGUGUUCAGUUCAACAAAUCUUUGCUUGCUCUAAACAGGCUCAAAUGUUGUGGUCUUUCAAUUUGAUGAUGAAGAUGUUCCAUUUUAGUUCUUUAUUUCUCCGUGUCAUUCUUAGAUGUUUUGAAUUUGGACUUUCUAAAUACUGGGUUGUUCUUUUGUCCGAGAAGAUUGUGAUGUCAAUAAAUAUUUUUACGGUAAAAUUACACAUCUCACAAAUGUUUACCUUGCAUGGCAUCGUGACAAAUAAUAUCUGAUUCAUUUAAAGGAUGUUUGUUUAAAAAAAGUAAAAAAUACGUCAAAAUUAAAAAAAUACUAACGUUCAA